AUGGGCAAGAAACGGGUUCUCGUCGGUUACGGCAUCGACGUCGACGCCGUCAGUGGGUGGAUCAACACUCGCGACGGAUCACCAGCAAACCCGACCGACGUCUCUCGGGGCGUGUUCGGAGCCACCGUCGGCAUCGACAGGCUCCUCAAUCUCUGGGACAAAUACGGCAUCAAGACGACAUGGUUCGUGCCGGCACACUCGAUCGAGAGCUUUCCCGAACAACUUUCCAAAGUGAAGGAUGCCGGCCAUGAAAUUGGUCUACACGGCUACACACACGAGUUCGUCUCGACGCUCUCCGAACAGCAACAAAAGGACGUCUUGACCAAGUCCGUCCAAGUGCUGACCGACUUCACGGGCAAGAAGCCCCGCGGGUGGACGGCGCCGGCGUGGUCGACGUCGCGGCAGACCAUCAAGCUCCUCGAAGAGUUCGGGAUCGAGUACGACCACUCGUUCAUGCACCACGACUCGCAGCUCUACUACUGCCCGGACGGCAGCGAGGAGUGGACCGAGACCGACGUGGCCAAGUCGGCGACCGAGUGGAUGAAGCCCAUGAGCGCCAUCAAGCCCUCGGCCGUCGUCGAGGUCCCCGCGAACUGGCACCUGGACGACUGGCCGCCGUUCCAGCUCAACCUGAAGCAGCCCUCGACGCACGGCUACGUCGACACGUACGUCAUCGAGAGGCUGUGGAAGGACCAGUUCUCGUUCUUGUACCGCGAGUACGACACCUUCGUGUUCCCCAUGAGCAUCCACCCCCAGGUCAGCGGGAAGCCCCAGGUCGUGCUCAUGCACGAGAGGAUCAUCGAGUGGAUCAACCAGCACGAGGGCGUCGAGUGGAUGACCAUGGAGGAUAUGGUCAAGGAGUUCAAGGAAGGGAGGCUCGGUGGUGCAGAGGUCAAGGGCGGGAAAGUAGCGUAG